CUGAAAGCUCAUGCUGGGUCGUGGCCGUGACGACGAAAAACAACCAAAGGGAAAGUAAAGGAAGGAAGACGGCCAGACAGACAGAAAGGCGUGCAGGCAGGCAAAUGAGUGAGAGGCAUAAGAAGGCACGUCAAGGCACGGCAAGCGAUCGAGCGGCGCGGAAACGCAAAGUGCCACUCUGGCAAAGACAUCCAACCAUCCGAACAUCCGAACAAAGGAACGCACGAGGCACAUCCGUAGGUAGUAGCUAUUCAGUCAACACCCACCGACCCCACUGCACUCACUUUGAAUUGGGCCACCAUCCACUCAACCACGCACGCACGAUGUGUGUGUGUAUGCAAUGGAGGGAUGGAUGGAUGGGUGGGUGGUCUUGAAUUAGGUGUGUAGCUAGCGUAUCGCCCGGGCAGCUGGCUAAGGGCCCUCUGGGCUCUGGGUGUGUGGUGUGUGUGGGCUUAAAAGAGGAAGAGGAUGGCCGCAGCCGCGAGAGCGAGUGGCGUGACGAACGAGGCGCCCGUGGUGAAGGCCGCAUUCUUCUUCUUCUUCGGGGUUGCCUGAGGGAAUAAGACAAGACAAGGCAGGAGUAAAGCAACGAAGAGGUGGUGAGGUGGUUGCUCAUUCAUUCAGCUAGCCAAGUUAUAUGCCUACCCCUUGGCCCUCGCUGGGCAGAUCGUCGGGGUCUGUCAUGGCGGAGAGGUCUCCACUGAUGAUUUCGUCGAGGUUGGGUGUGUUGUCAAAGGCCAUCGCGAAGGCGUUGUCGAGGUCGCCGGACGACUCAGCCACCAUGAUGGCCACGUCCAGGCCGUCGUCGGUCGCGCCGUUCGUCAUGACGACAGUCUUCACCUCAACGCUAGGAUUGUCCUGCACAGACAGACAGACAGACAGACACAGGCAGGCACAGGGGUCGGAGUACACAGAAGACAACACGCGCACCGCCCUCCCGCCCUUCCCGCACACUGACUCACCUGGAGUUCGCGCAGGACGAGGUCGCGUGUGCGGAAGAGGCGUCGGAGACGGCCAGUGCCGGCGCACCUUGCGGAUGCUCGGCAGGUGCCCAGGCUGUAGCUGUCAACGCAAAACGUGAAGUCGCCUGGUAGAUUGAACGAAGAAAGGAAAGGAGACGACGAGACACAAAGCGACAUGGAUGCGGUGUGCGCGUGCGUGCCGUGAGGCUUUUUCGCUUACAGGCAUCGCAGGCGAUGCUCUUUUGCAUGCCCGUCAGCAGCUGUGCGGCCAGCGCCUACGAAAGCGCCCAGAUGCGUGUGUGUGUGUGUAUGUGUAUGCGUGUGCGUGUGCGUUUAUCUGUCCUUUAUCUGUGUCGCUGGCUGCCCGGCUCACCUUGGUGACGUCGCACUUGGUGGGGUCGGUCAUGUUGGCCUUGCUGAUGCCGUUGAUGGUCGUCCUGAUCUCAUAGCGGCGGGGCUGCGUCAGGGCUGCUGUGCACUGGGCGUUCGACGUCAAAAGCUGUCGGCAAACAGAAAAUCAAAUCAGUCACACCAAACGAAUGCACGUGAGCGCUCAAUGGAUAGAUGGACUGCUCGGCUUUUCUCACCGCAUCGCAAUUGCCGUUGGGUUCCUCCACUGCCUCCUGCAAGCCGUCGCACACAUGCACACAUUCUUCCUUCCUUCCGUCCGCUCUCCCCCCUCCUCGCUCAGCUCACUCACUCCUUGACUAAGUGACGUACCGGCAGUGGCGGAUCCUCAACCUCUGGAACUUCUGGCGCGGGGGAGGUCGAAGCAUCAGUGCCAUCAUCAUCGGCACCGGGUGUGGUGCUGCUGCCGUCGCCAGUGCCACCGUCGCCACCGUCGCCACCGUCGCCACCGUCGCCACCGUCGCCACCGUCGCCACCGUCGCCAGAAGAGGGCGUGGGUGAGGUGCUCUCGUCUUCACCACCGUCGCCACCGUCGCCACCGUCGCCAGAAGAGGGCGUGGGUGAGGUGCUCUCGUCUUCACCACCGUCGCCACCGUCGCCAGAAGAGGGCGUGGGUGAGGUGCUCUCGUCUUCACCACCAGUGCCGGGAUCCUCGCUGGUGCUGGGCUCCUCGCUGGUGCUGGGCUCCUCGCUGGUGCUGGGCUCCUCGCUGGUGCUGGGGUCCUCCGUCGAGCUCGACGCGGGGUCAAGCCGACGCAGCUCAGCGCCGUCGAAGUCCUCGUACUCGACGUCGAUCUCAACUUCACGAAGCUCACGAAGCUCGCGACGGAAACCUCCGUACGUGCGCUGCUUCUCUGUGCAGAGGCACGCAGACAGACAGACAGACAGACGGACAUGAGAAACAGAAAUCAGGAUCGAUUCGCGCUGAGAAGGGUGCUUCGCUGUGCUGUGGCGUGGUGCGCUUACCGUAGAAGGACUGGUAGAAGAGGGCGCCACAGCAGCUGUAAUUCCCCGGGGCGAUCUGGAUGUACAGAGUGUCGCAGUCCGGACUCUGCUGAGUGUCUGCAGAAGGCAAGAGCAUCCACGGACACCAGCGAUGUUUCAUAUGCAGCACCAUCCGUGGCAUGCCAUUUGCUCACAGAUGUCAAGGCCUUGGCGAUUGGGCAGCCUUCCGAAUCCCAUGUCACCCUGCAGGCAGGCAGAGAGACACAAGAAGCCGGUCAGUCAGCCCCCCGCCCACCCCACCCAUGCACCCGUCCAUUCAUCCAUCUACCUACCGGGCUAUCGCCGGGCAGGGUGUUCAGCUCAGAGGGGUCCUUUGGCUGAAGCUCCCGGAACUCGGCAUCGUCCUCCUCGAGCUCACGACGGGCUGCUCCGGUGGGCAGCUCGGUGGUCGAAGAGACUUCUUCCUCGGCCGCGGCGGUCGUCGACAUUUCUUCCUCGGCCGCGGCGGUCGUCGACAUUUCUUCCUCGGCCGCGGCGGUCGUCGACAUUUCUUCCUCGGCCGAGGCGGUAGUCGAGACGGACACGCCACAAGCCUCCGGUUGCGUGACUGGAGUGGCAUCUCCGCCGGGGAGAAGGUCCGCGAACUGUACACACGCAGAAAAGGGGGAAGCGAAGUGUGUGUGAGUGAGUUGUGUCGUCGCGCUUUAGUGCAUGUGUGAGGUCGCCUUACGUUGUUCCAGCAGUACGUGUCGCCAGACUGCAGGACGAAGGAACAACGAAGCAACACCACACAAUUCUCUCCCCUUUCUGUGUUGUUGUUGUCCGUGCCUGUCUGUCUGUGUUGGGGUGGAGGUCUGUGUUGCUUGUGGUACCACUUACCUUGGAGCACAGCAUCUUCAUGUAGUUGUCGCCCCUACGGCGAUCGUCACCGGAACCCAAUGAGUUGAGAAGCAGGCCAGUGUUGGUGAAGAAGCACCGGUCGGUGCACACCUGCUCGGGCUUGCCAUAGCUCUCCACUUCGGCCAACGCUCCUGACAGCCACAGACAGGAAGAAAGAGGGGAGGAGAUGGAAGGGAGAUGCGUACCACUGUGGGUCAUGUGUUCCAGUGUGUGGGCGUAUGUGUUACAUACCGUGCCGACGGAUGGCGACGUCGAGUACCUCCAUGUGAUGGGGCAGGGCGUCCAAGCAGUAGACGUCUGUCGUGUCAGCCUGCACAAAGGCAAAGACAGAGAUGGCCGCAGUCCCCUCAUGUGACUUGAUUACGUGCAUCUGUGUGUGCCUCCUGGCCAUCCCAUCCACCCACCUUCUUGGCACAGACGGAGUUGAGGGUGCUCAUUGCCUUCCGUACCUCUGCACACCCAGGGCCCUUGAAGUCAGCGUCCUCCAGGCGCACCUCCAUCUUGCGGAUGGCGGCCUUGAUGCAGCCGUCGACAGUAUCCGUGGUACCACACGCCGUCUUGAGGAAGUCGUUGUCGAACAUGGCAACGUUGGAGGCGUCUUCCAAGACCAUGGCGCACUCUGGACAGGGUACAGGGGCAACAAGCAGACAGAGACGUUACAUGAGGAAGCAGCCAACAUGGAUGGAACUCUUGUGUGCGAGUGUGUGCGAAGACCCCACUUACUUCCACCAAGCGGCUGCAUGUAGCUGACGAACUCUUCGAACGCUGGGCAGCAGCCGUCUGAUGGCCGGAGGUUGCACACCGACGGGGGAAUGUUGGGUCCGAACUGACACACGCACACACACACACACACAGAUGGACGCGUCAGUGCAUCGAACUCCUCUUUUCCUGUCUGCGGUAGCAUGGUGUCUGUCGAUGUGUACCACGUUGUACAGGGUGGUACUCGGUGAGGACUUUUUGAGGAGGUUAGCGACGUGCUUGAAACGGGUCCCCGCGAUGGAAUCAGUACAGAGGUCUGUAACUUCCUCACUGGGCGGAUCAGGCGUCUGCAGCAGAAAAAGGGAAAGAGAAGGCCGGUGCGAGGAUGGUGCACCAUGAAAUGGUCAGAUCUCACCGUACAGAGGACCCUGCGCCGCCAUCAGCAGCCACAUUGGCCGUACCACCACACAAAACACCACACAAAGGGCAUACACGGGCAUGAGACACAGGUGGACGGCAUUCCAACCGUUUUUUGCCGGAUCUGCGUGUCGGUUGGGUUCAUGGCUUACGUGCUGAGCCCUAGGAGGGCGAAGAAGGCGAUGAAACGCAGCAUCUUCGUGUGCGAGCAGGUGAAGGUGCUGUUGCCCACGCCUCUCGG